GGGAGAGGAUUCAUGCUGCCUUGGCCCCCCAAUACCAAGUACUAGUUGCUUGUUGGCCAUAAAGAUGUGGGCUACCUCUUUUGAGAUAGAUUGAUUGCUUUCUUGCUUGCUUGAAUCAUUCCUCUUCUCUAGAUUUAGCUUCUCUCUCUGAGUCUAUGUGCUCCAUUCUCAAGGGGAUGGAAGAAAACCUGGUGAAUGCAGCGGAGACCGGGAGCCGAGAAUGGUUUAAGAGGAUAUGUGUCUUUUGCGGAAGCAGGUCAGGUAACAGGACUUCAUUCAGUGAAGCAGCUCUUGACCUGGGGAAGAAACUGGCAGAGAGAAAGAUAGACCUGGUGUACGGUGGUGGAAGUGUUGGUCUGAUGGGUCUAAUAUCUAAAGCAGUCUAUGAUGGUGGUUGCCAUGUUCUUGGGGUCAUUCCAACAGCCCUUCUGCCAAGUGAGAUAUUAGGAGAAAGCAUCGGCGAGGUGAAAAGAGUUGCAGACAUGCACGAGAGGAAGUCAGAAAUGGCUAAGAAUGCAGAUGCCUUCAUUGCUCUUCCAGGUGGCUAUGGAACCAUGGAGGAGCUUCUUGAGAUAAUAGCUUGGUCUCAGCUUGGCAUCCACCACAAACCAGUUGGGAUUCUGAAUGUGGACGGUUACUACAACGAUUUGAUCCAACUGUUUGACAAAGGAGUGAGAGAAGGGUUCAUCGAGGACUCUGCGAGUCACAUUGUCAUUUCGGCAGACAAUGCGGAAGAACUUCUAAGGAAAAUGGAGGCCAAGGCCAAGGCCGGAGAGGAGAGGAGGAGAGAAGCCAACAAGAAAAGGAGAAGCAGCUAGCUGAUAGGAAUAAUUAAUUAAUAGGAUUGGUGAAAUAAAUGUGUCGAUAUCUAACAUUUUAGGGAGUAUUUUACUUCUGUGCAAUAGCUUCAAUUCGGUGAGUUGCUGCAUUAUUGGGUGAAGAACAGGAACAAAAAGCUAAGCAGGGGAUUGGUGAUAAAUGUUUCUUGUUGUUUCCGCUGCUACUUGCAGCAGCAUACGCCACAGCAGUAGCAAAGAGAAGAUGUGGACCAAUAUGCUUUCUUAUCUUAGUUCAACACACUCUGUAUUAUUAUUAUCUACAUUUAUCAUAAAAAUUCUGUCACCCCCUGUCAA